UGACAGAACGUACAGUUCACGUUUUGACGUCUGCUACUUUGCCGGCCUCAAGUUUCACGCAAGUGCACACCUAGCCGACCAGCGGACAAAGGUGACCCGCGUCCGGGCCCCGACACGUGCGCUCUCGGACCCCCUCGAACAAUUAAUUACACGCGAGCAUCAUGGGCUGCCCCAUCGCUACCACCGCUUCCUCCCCUUCCUUCGGUCCCACCGGCAAACGGCGGUCCCCUGUUCUCAAAAUCGUGCUUCUCUUCGUCGCCGUUCAUUCGUUUGCCGCCCCUGUCCAAGCCCGUGUCAAACCGGAAACCGUGCUGCUCGAGCUGCUCGCCAAACCAUUCGCACCCUCCGACGGCGCGUCCGAGACCUGUUUGAGGAGCAGCGCUCUUUACCUGAGGGAGGUGGCCAGAUACACACCGUGGGCUCUGCAAAUGUACGACGCGUCCGUGAAAAUUCCAUCGGGCGUAAUCACGGGCAAUUACAAGCAGCUAGGCAAUUACGACGAGUGCCUGCGCGUGAAAACCGGACACGGAUUCACGGGGAAGGCCUGCACCGCCAUGGUGCAGUUCGACAUCACCGGAUACCACGGCGGACAUCACACGCCUGACGUCGGCGAUGUCCUCCUGAACGUCGCCCUCGCAUCGGGCGUGAAAUGGCUCCCGGGGAAGUCGGUGAUCUACGAAUGGAUGUGGUGCGUUCCAUCUAGCUGCAACCACACGGAGAUCCAGGAGGCGUUGGAGAUCGUCCUCGACCCCCUCAAGGUGGAAGGUCGCGUCGACUUGGUGGUGAAGGUUCCCGAGAACUCCUGUCACACCGCAGAAACAGAUCGACCGGUCCUCGACGUAACCGACUGGAUUUACAUAUCGAUCCUCACGAUAUUCGCCGUGAUCAUAAUUGCCAGCACGAGUUACGACAUCGCCAGGCAAGGCCGUCUGAGCACGUUGAACCGUAAAGACAACAGACACGUGCUUCUGACGUCGUUCUCCGUCUACACGAACGGGAAGAAUCUCCUGAAGACCGACAGGUCCAGGGACUCGAUCAAAUGCCUGGACGGACUACGUUAUCUCAGCAUCUGCUGGAUCAUCUGCGGCCACACGCUCUACUCCGAGAUCGUCGGCGUGAAAAUGAACCUGAACGAGGUGCCACUGAUGCACCUGAGCUGGAGCAACAUGCUGCUGCUGAACGCGAACAUAAUCACCGACACGUUCUUCUUGCUGAGCGGAGUGCUGAUGGCGUACACGGUGCUGACGAAGCACGCGAAGGACCCGAAAGGACGUUUGAACGUGAUCGGCCUUUAUUUACACCGUUAUCUGAGGCUGACGCCAGCUUACGCCAUGAUGAUCGGCUUCUACGCCACUUUGUUCUAUAAAAUGGGAACUGGCCCGCAAUGGGACCAAUGGGUCGGCGCUAACAGGGACUACUGUCGCGAGAACUGGUGGACCAAUCUCCUCUACGCGAACAAUUACGUCAACCUGCCCAGAAUAUGCAUGUCGCAAUCAUGGUACCUGGCGACCGACAUGCAGCUGGUCUGGCUGUCGCCGAUUUUCCUGUACCCGAUGCUGAAGUUCACGAGACAGAUCUUCUUCUGGAUCGUGAUCGGCCUCGGCCUCGUCGCAUCGGUCGUCAUACCAUUCGUCAUCACGUUCGCCCUCAAACUAUCGGGCACCAUGCUCUACUACAAGGAAGCCAACGACGUGGCGGAGGUUUACGUGCAGAUCUACACGAAAGUGUACAACAGAUUCGGCGCAUACGUGAUCGGCCUGGCUCUCGGUUACAUACUUUACAACACCAGGUCGCGGGUCAUCAAAAUACGACCGAUGUACGUGCUCGCUGGAUGGCUGGUCGCUGCUCUGACCGCGUUGUUCGUCUUCGUUGGUCCACGAUGGAUGUACUUCGAGGAUCACGUCUACGACAGGCUAGAGGCCAGCCUCUACGCCGGACUGCACAGGCAGGUUUUCGCGCUGUCGAUCUCCUGGAUCAUCUUUUGCUGCGUUCACGGAUACGCUGGUUUCGUUGACCACUGUCUCUCUUGGAGAGGCUGGGUUCCUCUCAGCAAAUUGACCUACAGCGCCUAUUUGUGCCACUACGUCUUCUUGCUGCUGGAGGGUGGCGCCGAAAGAACCACCGGCAUAGUCAGCCCCAUACAACUUUUCCGGAGCUUCUCCAGCAACCUGUGCCUCACGAUGCUGCUCUCGGCGGUGUGGAGCCUGUGCUUCGAGAUGCCGUUCAUGAUCUUGGACCGCACCCUUCUCUCGUACUGGAUCAGCCAGGCGAAGCUGACCUCGAAACAGAACCAGCAAAAGAUGUUCGGCUCGACGGACUCCAGCAAGGAGAUCUACCGAUCGACGAACGAUUCCUCGUCGUCGAUUCAGAGCGAGAAUUACGGCCAAAAGUCGACCGAGGAUAACGUCUAUUGCUCGUCAGGGGACGUCAGCUUCGAGCAGGGGAUGUACGACUCGGGAUCGUCGCAGGACCUUCAGAAAGGGAACAGGUGUCCCUUCAUUUUCGUGAUAGGAGGUGGUUCCGAGGGGAACAAUUCCUGGCCGGAGUCGAGGAACGUGCAUCAGAACAACGGGUUCGACGAGGACUCGGACGACGCGUCGCAUUCGAAGUUGGACGUCCGGUUGGACUGCAAUUACGAGACCAUCGUGAACGAGGCUAGGCUGGAGAACGCCAAGGAGUCCAAGAAGGUGGACUGUUGAUCGGGAGGAUUGUCUGUUGUGUUUGUAGCUUGCUGGUCGAGCGUUUAUUUAUAUGUAGCCGUCGUAGGCGGCAGCCAUAGUGAUUUAGGGAACGGAGACGAGAACUCGAAGAGGACACCGAUUUGCUGGCACGAUCCUCUGAAUAUGAGAUCUUCGAGGCUAAUCGAUGACUCUGUUAUGUAGCUGGCUCUGGUCCCUGAGGUCUGGGUCAAAGGUCUUUGGAGUCUCAGUACGAGAGCGCACGAUUUCGCGGGUCUCUGUGCGAACUAGGCGUAGAAUUAAUGUGUUUGUUAAUAGAUUUGCUGUCUUUUCUUUUUCGGAGUUUACUAAUUCUUGCGUACGCACAGGGAUUCACAGCUCGAUCGUCGAUGUUAGGAUUGGAAGAGAAAAUUUGUGCUGUCAGAAAUCGAUCUUCCGAUCGUAUUAAUUGUUAGCUCGGCGAAUUUUUCGCGCAAUGACGGUCACGAUAAAUGUUUAGCCUACCUCGGGGUGACUAAUUCGAAGUGCCUGAUUUCGGGAGGACAGCUAUUGCGACCAUCAAUAUAUUUCAGGACUUUGCUUUCGGAAAGCAAAUUGUAAUAUUAUUGUAAAUAGUGAGGAAAUAGGAGUAAUAAUAAUAUUAAUAAUAAUAAUAAUAAUAAUAUUAAUAAUAAUGAUAACAGAGAUAGGAGUAAUUAGGCUGUCUUUCAUUGUUGAUACAGUUUGGAGGGUUUAAAGAAAUUUAAGAAACGUAAAAUAUUUUUGAACAGCUCUGUUGUUACGAAUAUGGAGUAAAUUGAAUAUUUGUUAGAGCGACAAGUGAUUCUUGCCAUAAGGGUAAUAUGCGAGCGAAAGAUAACGUGAAAUCUAUCAACUUAGGGAUCAGAAAAAUAUUUUGAAGGUACACGAAUGUCCCUGAGACACUUUUAUGUCUAUAACAUGUGAAAAAAGUUUAUUUAUUAUCGUACAUAAAGAGAACAGAUGAUUCUUGCCGCAUUCGCUGUAGAAAACAAUGUAAAUCCGGCAAGAAUCAUCUGCAGAAUCUAUUGAAAAGUGGCGCCUCUUAUGGCGAAAUGCAGAAGCUCCGUUCGGGGUCCGUACAGCGCCAAUUAGUAGGAUGGCAAAACGCUGAAACUGCUAACCAAACAGUGGCGCCAAUUGUGGUGAAAUCUGGAAGCUCCGAUUUGGCUAGCAGUUUCAGCGUUUUGCCACGUACUAAUUGGCGCUGUACGGAUCUCGACCGGAGCUUCCAAAUUUCGCCGCAAGAGGCACCACCAUCGUUCAAGCAACAAUUGAUUCGUGCCGGAUUUUAUACUGACUCUUAUGGGGAAUGCGGCACGGAUCAUUUGUUCCUACAUUUCAUAUUGGAACAUGAAAUAGAAAAUUGUUUAUUAUUGAAUUAAUUCCAAUGUAAUUAUGCGAAAAAUUCGUAUACGUUACUAGCGAUCUCUUUUAUGUUUUCCAAUGAAAAGCGGUUGGAAAUCAUGUGGAAAAAUCGAAUGAAUUCAGUCGGCGACGCGUUUACGAAACACGUGCUACAGUAUUAUGUGUACAUACUCAAAUUUUGUAAUUGUAUGGCGCAGGGUCUGGGAACGCUGAUCAUUUUGCUACAAUUCGUUUCGUAAUCGCUGGUUAGAUAUCAAUAUUUUUAACCCUUGAGUAGGAUGAUUAAUAAAAUUUGAUAUUUUGUGCGUAACCCGAACGAAAAUGAAUGAUCGUAAACGAUUAUGCGAGACACUGUAUGAAUUGUUGCGCUGUUAUAAAUAAACAUGUUUCUACUGUCA